AUGAGGGCUAGAAAAUAUUUUGUAUUAGUACAAGAAAAUUUGUAAACUUAAUUCUACAAAACAGAAAAAUAUACUUAGAUUAAUCUUGAUAAAAAUCCUAAUCAAAAAAAAUUUCAAUUUUAAGAUGAGAAUUUAGCUAAAAAAUUUAUUUCUAAUGUCUAAGCCUGUUAAAAUAAAGAGGCUUUUGAAAAAUUAGAAAUGGAAUAUGAAAUUUCUAAAUAAUUAGUUAAAUAUUAAGAAAAAAUUAAAUCUUGCAAGACAUUUUCUGAUAAUGAAAAUUUAGAUGGUGUAUCCAUUAAUCUUAGGAGACUCACAUAUAUUUAUGUAUUAUGGAAUAAAAACUCUUAUGAAUUGCCACGAAUGUAUUUUACAUAGAUUACAGCUUAAAAGAAUUCAACAUCAGAGGAUUAAUUAGGAAAAUUUUCAGAACCUGAAACAGCUCUUAGUUAUAUCAGGGAGAUACUUGAAACUUUAGAAAUUAAAAGAAAAUAGAUAUCUGAUACAAAUGCAUCUAUUUCUUCAGAAAAUAAUGAUAAAACACAAGAUGAAAUAGUUAAAGAAGAAAAAGAACUUAAUUUCUCUAACCUAGGAAAACUUUAAUAAUUGGAUUAGUAGUACUCAUAUUUUUUUCCCAAAAAUUAUCUAGAUAAAUAUCAAUCCGUCAAUAUUAAUCCAGAAGAAUCAUACGCAAUUUAAUGCUCUUCUUUUUGCACAUUACAUUUUCAUUCAUCUGUGGGAAUAAAUCUAAUAAAUUAUGUUUCUGGUAAAAAUUUAAGAGCAUAAGGUUUAUAUGUAGGACAUUAAAAACCUUAUGUCCUUGGAUUACUUUCAGUCUUAUAUGGAUUGAGAUAUAGUUUAUUUUUGAAUUUAUCUUAAAUUACAUUGUAGGUAUGGAAAAAAUAAGAUUUUGAAUUUUUGAAUAAAAUGGUUUAACCUCCAUAUCCUUAAUAAUAAUAAGCUAUGGCAGCUAUUGAUGGUUAUUCAACACUUUUGAAAUAAGUAAAGUUUGAAUUGACUGAGUAUGAUUAAUGCAAAUCAUCAUAUGUAUCAGCAGUAAAGGAAUUUGAAAAAUAUGCUAAUGUCAAACAAAGGAGCAAAAAAAUUCGUAAAAUAGAUAAAGAUGAUUGAA